AUGCCUCCCUACCGUCGUCUCCAGCAGUAUGCCAUAGGCAUAAGCAUUAUUAGCGUGAUAUACAACGGUCUUGAAGGCGGUAUAUCCAUCGGAUUUGGAGCUGAAUCCAAUUCGAGAUCAUUAAUUUUCUUCGGCAUCCAAUCCGGGAUCGAAGUCGUAUCAGCACUUCUUGUCGUUUGGAGAUUUAGAAAGAUAGCAAAACCUGGAGAGGAACGAGGAGCUGCUUUGAACACGAAGGACUUGCAAUUCGAGAAGUAUGGGACAUUUGGCAUUGGCGUUCUCCUCAUCGCGCUAGGGUUAGGGACAUUAGCCAGCUCGAUCGCCAUUUUGGUCCUACACAGAGAACCAGACACAUCGAAUGCAUCCCUGAUCAUAUCUGCUUCCGCUCUUGUCAUCAUGGUCCUUAUCUGGUUGCCAAAGCGUUAUCUGGCCACAGCCCUGAACAGUAGCACGAUGCGAGGAGAGGCCCUUGAUAUUCCGAGUCUGGCAUGGAGGAUGGUGGAUCGACGGGGCGACAUCUAUGAUCCUGAGCGUGUUAUUCGGUUGGGAGGGGUACAAGAUGGUUGCGUGGGCUAG